UUUUUAAAAAUAUAAACAUAAAAUAUAAUAAUGAUACAUUACACUUUAAAAUGAUACGUAAACAUAAAUUCUUGAUAUAAAUUAGAUAAGAAACAUACUAUCAAACUCAAUGAAACUGAUGAAACAUCAAGUUUUUGUUGUGUAAAUCGCUCUAAUGUUCCGAAACUCAUUUGCCAAGGGCAUUAGUGCCAAAAUCGGUAGUUAUGUUGUGUUACCAUAAGUGUUUCCCCUAUAAAAACAAAAUGCUUCUAACUGUGUACGUAUCUUUUCUACUCUGGCGGAUGGACUAUGCUGUGGAGAGCACAAAAGUGGUAAAGAGCAGCAUGCGGUACACCACGACGUCGCUCGUCAGGGUCGGACCUACGGCCUCAAUGCGCGACGGGGAGCCCACUUUUGUGGGCCCCAUCGAGAACGUCACGGUCGCACUUGGCCGAGAGGCGGUACUCACCUGCUCGGUGUCAGACAUAGGAGAUUAUAAGGUGGCGUGGAUCAGAGCGGACGACCAGACCAUCCUGACUCUCCACACGCGGCUCGUGACGCACAGCUCGCGGUAUGCCGUCACCAAUGACUCCCCUGGCUCCUGGCAGCUUCAUAUCCGACCGCUCAAGGUGGAGGACCGGGGCUGCUAUAUGUGCCAGAUCAACACCAGCACCAUGAAGAAGCAGAUCGGCUGUGUGGAUGUGCUAGUCCCUCCGAACAUCGUGGACGAAGGCACCAGCGGGGAUUUGACGGCCAAAGAGGGGAGUGACGUCACAAUCUCCUGCAAGGCCGACGGCAGACCACACCCCAGAAUACUGUGGAGGAGGGAGGACGGUACCAACAUACAGCUGAGGAACGAGGCCGGGGAACUACAUAAAGUGGACAUAACCACGGGUCCCUCUCUGAACCUGACGAGGGUGAGUCGGCGUCAGAUGGGCGCGUACCUGUGCAUCGCGUCCAACGACGUCCCACCUUCAGUCAGCAAGCGGAUCAUGCUUAGUGUUAAUUUCGGUCCGUCUAUUGUGAUAUCGACAAAGGUAAUGGGAGUGCCAACGGGUGCGGCGACACGGCUCGAGUGUCUGGUCGAGGCUUACCCGCUUGCCGUCAACUACUGGCUGAAGAGCGGAGAGAAGAUGAUAUUGUCCGGGGGCAAACAUGAAAUCAGUGAAGUCAGAAUGUCGGCCUAUCAAGUGAAGACGAUUCUAUCUAUAACCGACUUCGAAACCGAAGACAUGGGCGCCUAUACCUGCGUGUCUACAAAUACUAUGGGGAAAACUGAAGGAAUCAUUAGGCUAUAUGAAAUAAAAAUCACAACAACCACAACAACGACGACGACAACAACAACAACGACGACGACCACGACAACAACCACCCCCGCGCCGACGACCACAGAGCUGACAACCAUGCCACAUUACGUGGUCGCUCUGCAGCCAGCCGAGCAGAAGUUUUACACCCCAGAUGUUACCACGUACGAUACAAUGCAGAACGUCAUAGAACAAUCAGUGUUGGAUAACAACUGGCUGCCAACCGCGGAGUCAACUGCAAGUACAAUCUCUAUCUCCCUUCUCACUCUAACACUGCUCUCUCUCGCACCACAGAUCAUCCUCAACUUUAGUUAUGCCACAUACGAAACCAAUGUAAAAUACACCGCAAGAUGAUAAGCUCAAGGUUCAGAAUUGACUGUCAAUUUAAUUUUAGACUAUAGAUCAUUAUGAUUUUGUAAUGUAUCGCUUUAGUAGUAAGUUAUUUAUUUAGAACUCAGGAUAUAUUGGUUUUCCCUUACAAACUUUUCUAUAAAUUAUGGUUAGUCCACA